UGGCGGUGCGUCGCUGACUUAGCUGCCUGCGGUCCUCCUCCUUCUCCUCCUCCUCCUUCUCCUCCUCCUCCUCCUCCUCCUCCGGUGAUCUCCACUUGACAGCCAUGGCCAAGCAGUACGAUGUGCUCUUCCGGCUCCUGCUUCUCGGCGACUCCGGCGUGGGGAAAACGUGCUUGUUGUGCAGAUUCACCGACAACGAAUUCCACCCGUCUCACAUCUCCACCAUCGGAGUCGAUUUUAAGAUGAAGACUCUCGUAAUAGAUGGCAUCAAAGUACGGAUACAGAUAUGGGACACUGCAGGCCAGGAGCGGUACCAGACCAUUACUAAGCAGUACUACAGACGAGCACAGGGGAUCUUCCUGGUGUACGACAUCACUAGCGAGCGAUCCUUCCAGCACAUCAUGAAGUGGGCCAGCGACGUGGACGAGUAUGCUCCUGACAAGGUCCAGAAGAUCCUCGUGGGGAACAAGUCAGAUGAGGUGGACAAGAGGCAGGUGGCCACUGAGCAGGGUAACAAGCUGGCCAAGGCUUAUGGGAUGGACUUCUUCGAGACAAGUGCCUUCACCAGCCAUAACAUCACAGAGUCUUUCACACGAUUGGCCGAGCAGGUGCUCGCGGCCAACAAAAAGGACCUGGAUCUUCUCCGGAUCUCCGUCACUGAUGAGCUGAACCUCACCGCCCUGGAGGAGGAGGAGGGCAUCGGUGACAGCGUAACGGCCGACACGCAAAAGGGUUGUUGGUGUUAAAGGGGUGGCUGCCAUCUUCCCUUCACAUCUCAACUUGAUAACGAA